UGAUCCGGGUAUCGGCAUCUUUGAUCCUUUAUUACCUGCAACUCGACGUGUCGCGAGCAAGUGGCCAAACGUCACCACUGACGUCCGGCCGGCGCCCGGCGGCAUCCGAGGAAAUGGAAAGAUACAACACGUACUAGCAACUAGCCCCUAAACAAAAACCAAACGCGCAGAAACGGCUAUUGCUACAGGCCUCCAUCAGAUUGGGAGGCGAUCCAUCCAUCCAUCACCCGCGCCCUCGACAACCACCACCCCUAGCAGACAGAUCGACCGACCACCACGGGCGCCGCCAUGUCCACCGCUGACGCGGCGAGCCCGGCGCUGGCGCCGGACGGGGACGCGCCGGCGGGCGAGGGCCUGGCCCUGGCGCAGUUCGCGGCGGGCUGCUUCUGGAGCGUGGAGCUGGCGUACCAGCGCCUCCCCGGCGUGGCGCGCACGGAGGUCGGGUACUCGCAGGGCCACCGCCACGCCCCGACCUACCGCGACGUCUGCGGCGGCGGCACGGGCCACGCCGAGGUGGUGCGCGUGCACUACGACCCCGACGCCUGCCCCUACGCCGUCCUCCUCGACGUCUUCUGGGCCAAGCACAACCCCACCACGCUCAACAGACAGGGCAACGACGUUGGGACGCAGUACCGGUCGGGCAUCUACUACUACACGGCGGAGCAGGAGAAGCUGGCGCGCGAGUCGCUGGCGGCGAAGCAGAAGGGUUGGAAGGACACCAUCGUCACCGAGAUCCUGCCGGCGCGGCGGUUCUACCCCGCCGAGGAGUACCACCAGCAGUACCUCCAGAAGGGCGGCCAGUCCGCCAACAAGGGAUGCAGCGAUCCCAUCCGCUGCUACGGCUGACGCCCCGAACCCCCAGCCAGCAGCCCAGCACCGGACGCCGUGAAUCAAAUUGUGCUGCAUUUGUACCGUAACCUAGUGCCAAGAUGACGUUGUGUUGUGAAUCGUGCUACUGCUGCUGUUCAGAGGUCUAUGUAGGUGAUGGUUGUGCUGGAAUAAACGCAUGGAUCGUGACGGUUAUAUGUGGAUGCUUAUCCUGGAAUAGUGAAGGUUUUACGGUUGGGUUUUUUUGAUUGAGACCAUUACAAUUUUUGGAGUUUGGAAAAACACCA